AUGGAGGUCCUCGGGCGACAGGCUCGGCAAAUGGUGCUGCAAGCAUGGCAGCGCCAACUCUCCGAUCCGGAUGACACAUCGGGUCGGAGAGUAGCCGAGGCCAUCCACCCCUGUCUGGCGAAGUGGCUGGACAGGGGAUGGGGCGGAGUCACGUUCCGGAUGGGCCAGGUACUCACCGGACAUGGAUGUUUCGGUGAGUACCUGUGCAGGAUAGGGCGCGAGCUCGGGCCACGCUGCCACCACUGUGGCGCAGACCAGGACACGGCGCAGCACACGCUGGAGCAUUGUCCAGCGUGGGCGGACGUGCGCCGUGUCCUGGUUCAACAUAUUGGUCGGGACCUCUCGUUGCCGGCGGUGGUCAUGAGUUCGAUCACCGAGAGCGAGAGGUCAUGGAGGGAGUUCGCCUCCUUCUGCGAAAGCGUGCUCUCGCAGAAGGAGGCGGCCGAACGCCUCCGGGAACCCGAGCGUCCCGGAGGAUUGCGGCGUCGCGGGGGAAGGGGCUGA